CAGGCAGCGGACACCGCAGCGGCCGCGGAGGAGGCGGUUGGUGCGCUGGAUCUUGGGGUCGCUGCUUGAGGCGCAGGCGCCGUGGGCCCAGCCCGUCCUGGUCCUUGCAUCGCUGUGGGCUCGUAAUGGCGACCCAGCAGAGGCCUUUCCACCUGGUGGUGUUCGGCGCCUCUGGCUUUACCGGCCAGUUCGUGACCGAGGAGGUGGCCCGGGAGCAGGUGUCCCCGGAGCGGAGCUCCCGCCUGCCCUGGGCUGUGGCGGGCCGUUCUCGGGAGAAGCUGCAGCGAGUCCUGGAGAGGGCUGCCAUGAAGCUGGGAAGGCCGACACUGUCAUCUGAAGUUGGAAUAAUAAUUUGUGAUAUCACUAAUCCAGCCUCACUUGAUGAAAUGGCUAAACAGGCAACAGUUGUCCUCAACUGUGUAGGACCAUACCGAUUUUAUGGAGAACCUGUAGUAAAAGCAUGUGUUGAAAAUGGAACUAGCUGUAUUGACAUCUGUGGAGAACCUCAGUUUCUGGAACUAAUGUAUUGGAAGUAUCAUGAGAAAGCUGCAGAAAAAGGGGCUUAUAUCGUUGGAAGCAGUGGCUUUGACUCCAUUCCAGCAGAUCUGGGAGUAAUAUAUACCAGAAAUAAAAUGAAUGGUACACUGACUGCUGUGGAAAGUUUCCUGACUAUACAUUCAGGACCUGAGGGGUUGUGCAUUCAUGAUGGUACCUGGAAGUCAGCGGUUUAUGGUUUUGGAGAUCAGAGUAAUUUGAAAAAACUACGAAAUAAGUCCAUUUUGAAGCCUGUCCCAAUUGUUGGUCCAAAAUUGAAAAGAAGGUGGCCAGUUUCUUACUGCAAAGAACUCAACAGUUAUUCCAUUCCUUUCUUGGGAGCAGAUGUGUCUGUUGUGAAGCGGACUCAGCGUUACUUGCACGAAAAUUUAGAGCAGUCACCUGUUCAGUAUGCUGCUUAUGUAACUGUGGGAGGUGUCACCUCUGUUAUUAAGCUGAUGUUUGCUGGACUUUUCUUUUUAUUCUUUGUGAAGUUUGGCAUUGGAAGGCAACUCCUCAUAAAAUUCCCAUGGCUCUUCUCCUUUGGUUAUUUUUCAAAACAAGGUCCAACACAAAAACAGAUUGAUGCCUCAUCAUUUACAUUGACAUUUUUUGGUCAAGGAUACAGCCAAGGCUUUGGUCCUGAUAAGAACAAACCAAAUAUCAGAAUUUGUACUCAGGUGAAAGGACCAGAAGCUGGCUAUGUGGCUACCCCCAUAGCCAUGGUCCAGGCAGCCAUAACUCUACUAACUGACGCCUCUGAUCUUCCUAAGGCGGCUGGUCGAAUCGGGUCUCAGCUGUGCACUAAUUUGUGGGACCUUAAAAGAGGUUUUGUCAUCUCUAAAAUCAGGAAGAUGGACAAGAGCAAGAGAUCUCAUGACUAGCUGCAUAUCCGAACCACAAACAAUAUAGGUUCCCCAGCGGACCCCAGCAAUUUGCGUUCGGGAGGUGUGACGGUUGGGCCCUAGGAAUCCGUGGCUUAGAUCUGCACUUGAAGCUACCGGGUGAGACUCCAUGUGCAUCUUUCCACUUUUGCAAUGCGUGCUGUGUUGUGCUGUAGUGUUGAUGCUGAUAUAUGACCACCUGUGUGACCCUGUCCUCCAGCUUGAGGUAGAAGUGUCUCAUCCUGAUAUUCUUUUUAACCCUCCAAGGCUCCACCUGCUCACUUGCAGAAAGUAUAUUUACUUGCCUCAAGCAAAUUGUCCAAGAACUUUAAGUCUCAGUCCAAGAGGUAGAAGUCGUUCCUGCUUCCCAUGGCCUCACUGCUAUCCUGCCCCAAGGAAAAAGGCUUUCACGGAUUCUGUGAUGCUUUGCUGACCCUUGUCCCUGCCAUCACCAACAUGGAGCUCCACACUUGGGCUCCAAGGUUACAGAUUAUUUUUUAGUUCAUGUGCAUACACUCAGCCAGGACCUGAGCUACAGGCAAAACCCAAGCCCCUCUCAUAAGCCCUUGGGUCCUGGUAGUAAGCUGAAGUCACCAGCCCAGAUGCCUCUGCCUUCCCAGGGAGACUCCUCUUGGAGCCCUUGAUAGCCUCUCCUGCCAGUAG